UUGGACCUCCCUCCCGCGAAGAAGACAAUGCUCUGGACGACAAGGCUGGGGGGAAAAAAAAAGCCAAGAAGAAACUAGUCUCAUUUCCAACAACACAAUGGAGCUAAAAUGGACAAAUACUCUUCCCAGGAGCCUUAUAUUGACUGGAUUUGUGUUUUGUGUCCUGUCAGUGUCAAAACCGUCACUGGCAGUCGAGGUCUUUGCCGACUCGGAAAUCGUAGUGGAGAACGGGACCGCCGGAGUUCUCCGCUGCACCUUUAAGUCCAGCGAAGUGGUCAGCGCCAAAAUUACGGUGUCAUGGAGCUUCCAGUCCAAUCAGCCCGACACACAGUUUUCCAAAGCGGCGCAUGGGUUCUUCUACUUCUCCAACAACCAAGCGGACACAGACCCGAAAGUGUUCCAAGACCGAGUGCAAUUCGUUGGCGACAUCAACAAGAAGGACGCCUCGAUACGAAUCAACCCGACCCAGUUCAGCGACAACGGCACCUACUUCUGCGCCGUAAAGAAUCCGCCGGACAUCUCGGGGACGCAGGCUCGUGUUGAGCUGCGGGUGGUGUCGAGAGGCUCUCUUCCUCAGAGCAACACCCCCGUUAUUGUCGGAGCGGUCUGCGGCGCUCUGUUCCUGUUGGUGCUCAUCCUCAUCAGCAUAUGCGUUGUUAUGAAGGUGCUUCACAAUCGCAACGAUUACGAAGGCUGUAUAACCUUGGAAAGCACGCGCUCUCCGCCUCCGCCGCCCAAAAAGAAGGCGGAGCCAAAGCUGCAGGGCCCCAGGAGUACCAGCCCCUCGGGUCAAGUCCAGGUAGGAGCCGAGGGACCAACGCAUACCGGCCCGGUGAUAUACGUCCAGUUGGAUCACUCGGGCAGCAGAAACUCCUUCCACAAAAUGGAGCCGGUGGUCUACGCUGACAUUCGCAAAAACUGAAACAGACCGGGACAGCGGCGCCAAAACCCAAAAAAGAGAAUAAACCCCCACAGUAAAGUAUCAGACCUCUUCUAUCAGCUGCUCUCGGGAAGGGUGAGCCUUUUUAUCAUACAGGGAUGGUUUUAGUUGAAUGAUUUGUGUUUGUUUUUGGUUCUCUGGAAGCAUGACGCCGAUGUUCUUUAUGUGCUUUGAUGCAAAGACUCAACACUACCAUAUCCAUGUUCUCCAUCCGUCUGUUAAAACAGCAUUGAAAUAUGGAAUUAGCCUGAGAAAAAAAAGAGUUGAACCAUUUCCAGCGGGCACAGAAUUUUCUACAACCUUUCGACAUUUCCUCUUGCUCUAACCCGUGACUUUUAAUGCAAAUAGUAGAAAAAAAGGACAAAUUGUAGAUCAAAUAGGGAUGGGUAUGCAACAAAUGUGUAUCAUUAUUUUUGUUGCAUUACACAAGGCAUACAAUAUUGAAAACCAUUUGCAUGACAGUGAAAGGAAAUUCUCCCCUCUUUUGUUUUUUUAAUUAAUUUCAAAAGAUCUUUGAAAAAAAAAUCUGGUAUUUAAUGUUAAAGCUGCGUUACAUCUCAAUUGCUAAUGCAAAGAAAGAGGGAAAUGUCGCUCUCUGGUGGUCUGUAAAUUGCAGACGACACAGAGGAAUGUGGCUCUAUUUGCUGGUUUUAAAAAUCCAUCCAUCCAUCCUUUCUUUUUCUACCGCUUGUCCCUUACGGGGUCGCGGGGGGUGCUAAAAGAAAAAGAUAAAACAUGUUUCCAGGGCUUUUUAAUUAAUUUUCACAUGGCAAAAUAGUGGUUCUCAAACGUUACACACCAAGUACACUCUCAAAAAAAAAUGUUUAACUUCAAAUAUGUGACUUAUAUACUUGCAAAUAAUUGGAUUGAAUGACGUAAGUCAAACAUUCAAAAUUUCAGCAAGUCUAAUUCACUUUCAGGGGAUAAGUAUAUACAUUUGUACGAUUAUUUCAUAUGUAUAAGUCUAAUAUAAUUUUUAUAAUAAGUAAUACGAGUACCACAGUUUGAUAGUUGAUGCAAAUAAGAGCAAAUGGCGCUCUUUACUGGGUUUUUUCAGUCUUUACACCAGGCAAAAAGUAUGUUUAACUACUGUACUGCAAGUAAAUUAAAGUGUUUUUUCAAAUUAAUGAUGUACUCUGCAAAGGAAAAUGUCGCCCUCUGUUGAUUUUUAAAGGUAGUGUUAGGGCAGACGACUUUAUUGCUUCCAUUGUGGGGUUUGGCGCCCUCUACUGGUCAUGGCCAUGCAGUGAAACCGACUGUGACUUGCUUGUUGGUACAAAAAGAAAACCCUCAUGAUUAGAUUAAAUUAAUCAUGCCCAUCCCUUAACUUAUCUGCAAAAAAAACAAAAACGUAACCACGCAGAAAAUAUAUUUAUUUAUGCCGGCGGCCGAAAAGAAAACUGUGGUGCUGCAUUCAGGUACAGUUGGAAAUCAAAGUAACAAAUGAGUGAUGUUUUGAUGUUGUUAUAAAAAAAAAAAAAAAUCCUCCACACAAUAACCACCUUGUACGCAUGCAGCCGUCAGGAAGCUAACGUUGUUACUGUGAACGCACGUUGUGUAACCUUCCGGCAUGUUGCUGUUGUGUCUCUUUAAUUCAAAGUUUUCCCCUCAGCGGAGCAAUUUUUGUCCUUGCGUAGAUCAAACAUGUAAGUAGUCAUCUGUAAAAUAAUAUUUUUGUUCUGAAUGUUUUUGUGUACGUUUCACUGAGGGGAAAAUCCGAAGCGAGCGCUCACUUUGAGGGGGAAUAGCAAAAUACUGAAACACUGUUUGCAUGCAAUCUACUAACUCGGUCAUCCAAAAAAAAAAAAAAAACGGGCCAAAUAUCUCAUUCAUUUUUUUUUACGUUCCAGCUUUAAAAUGUUUUUUUUUUUUUGUUCUGUUGAAGCAUUUCAAGCCAAAUUCCUUUUGUUAAUGUGAAAUGUGUGUGUGUGUGUGUGUGUUUAAAACUGUCUGAACUGCCUUUGUCGUCAUUCCCCGCUGCAGUAAACGUCCACGCUGACAGUAAUUGUACAGGAAACACUCGUAAUGUAAAGUAGUGCUCUUUACUGUAACUCGCUCAUUCCAACAUUUUUUGUGUCUUUUUGUGUGUCUUUUUUUUCACAACUGCGCAUACAGUCUUAAUUAUUAUUUGCCAAGCGCUUGCAGAAAGUGGCACGCUUAUACUCUUCGAUACAACGUUGACAUAGUGCAGUAAGGAAAUGAACCACCAGAUGUCAGCAGAGAGCGUCUGGGUCCACUUAUUAAUACGAACUCAUAAGUACCGUGUUUUUCGGAGUAUAAGUCGCUCCGGAGUAUAAAUCGCACCUGCCGAAAAUGCAAAAUAAAGAAGGAAAAAAACAUAUAAGUCGCACUGGAGUAUAAGUCGCAUUUUUUGGGGAAAUGUAUUUGAUAAAACCCAACACCAAGAAUAGACAUUUGAAAGGCAAUUUAAAAUAAAUAAAGAAUAGUGAACAACAGGCUGAAUAGUUGUACGUUAUAUGAGGCAUAAAUAACCAACUGAGAACGUGCCUGCUAUGUUAACGUAACAUAUUAUGGUAAGAGUCAUUCAAAUAACUAUAACAUAUAGAACAUGCUAUACGUUUACCAAACAAUCUGUCACUCCUAAUCGCUAAAUCCCAUGAAAUCUUAUACGUCUAGUCUCUUACGUGAAUGAGCUAAAUAAUAUUAUUUGAUAUUUUACGCUAAUGUGUUAAUAAUUUCACUCAUAAGGCAAAACUAUGAAAAAAACUGCGACUUAUAGUCCGAAAAAUACGGUAAGAGUUUUUACUAUAUCUCAAAAUUUCAACUUUUUGUUUCAUACUGUAAUUAUUACUUAUUUAUUGAACAUUAUAACAAUAUCUCGAAAUGUUGACUUUUUAUCCCAACUACGACUCUCAACAUUUUGGACAUUUCGUCUCAAAAUUGUCUUAUCUCAAAAUAGGUCCAAAAUCAAUGGAGUUAACAGCCGUGGCUGUAGGCAACCUUCCAAUUAACACCAGACGAUAAUAGUAGCUGCAUUGUAAUAAGCACUCCAAAAUGAAAUACAUUGUUAUUAAGAGUGAAGCUUGGUUAAGAAAAUGCCAACGCUAUCGAAAAAAUGUGCAGAUGCUACAAAUUAAAUGGACAAGUCGACUUCCUGUCCCUCUCUGGAUUUUUUUUGACUUCAUGGACGUGGAAAAACGCCAACUCGUACAGGCCGGAAUUUGAUAUUGGAGCAUAGCUCGUUAGCUUAGCAUGUUAGCAUGUUUGUUCCAACAUGUUUCGUUCCUCAAACCUUUUUAACCAAAGUCGAUGUUGCCGUUAUGAAAUACUCCCGACAAUCACUUUCAACACAAUGAUGGAAAGUAGCCUCGUUAGCGCAGCAGUCAAGUCGUGCGUUCCGACAUAUUUUCCGAUCUUUCUGAAAACAAACUUACACUUUAAGGCCUAGGUCUUUUUUUAACAAAAAAGUCGGUCAUUAGUGUCGUUCGUGACCCCACAAGGUGAGAAAUUGCCAAGUGGACACGGUGGGAAAAGCGAGAAAAUUCUAGUUUUUACUGGCAAGAAUUUGAAUCGGGGUGUUGUUUGCAUCCUGACCCUUGCUGCUUUCUUUCGACCGCAUUGACGUGGAAAAAAGCCAGCUCUUACACGCUGGAUAUCGAUAGCUAAGCAUGUUAGCAUAACAUGUUAGCACCCAUUUGUUCCAACAUUUCUAAUUCCGUUCUUUAACCUUUUAACAAUAAAGUUGGUCAUUAGCAUUGUUCAUGUCCUCAGAGGCUGAAAAAGAGUGACAAUGCCAGUUUUUACAGGCAGGAAGUAGAACACCCGGGCCUUGUUGGUGGUGUGUUAGCGUGAUUUUGUUCAAACGUAAUUUCCGAUUGUUCUCAAAACAAUUUGUGGCGAUGGAAGGUGAACACCAGGGUCUUAUUAGCUCAGCAUGCUAGUAAUUGUUCGCUGCGACAUAGUUCCCGAUCUUUCUUAAAACAAAGUGAACACUUCGGGGCGAUGGAACGUGAGCACCAGGGUCUUGUUAGCGCAACAAGCUAGUAAUUGUUCGCUGGGACAUAGUUCCCAAUCUUUCUUAAAACAAAGUGAACACUUCGUGGCGAUGGAAUGUGAACACCAGGGUCUUGUUAGCUCAGCAUGCUAGUAAUUGCUCAUUACGACAUAGUUUCCGAUCUUUCUUAAAACAAAAGUGAACACUUUGGGGCAAUGGAACGUGAACACCAGGGUCUUGUUAGCUCAGCAUGCUAGUAAUUGUUCACUGCCACAAAGUUCCCGAUCUUUCAUAAAACAAAGUGAACACUUAGGGGCAACGGAACGUGAACACCAGGGUCUUUUUAGCUCAGCAUGCUAGUAAUUGUUCCUUACGACAUAGUUCCCGAUCUUUCAUAAAACAAAGUGAACACUUUGGGGCGAUGGAAGGUGAACACCAGGAUCUUGUUAGGGCAGCAUGCUAGUAAUUGUUCACUGCGACAUAGUUCCCGAUCUUUCUUAAAACAAAGUGAACACUUCGGGGCAAUGGAACGUGAACACCAGGGUCUUGUUAGCUCAGCAUGCUAGUAAUUGCUCAUUACGACAUAGUUUCAGAUCUUUCUUAAAACAAAAGUGAACACUUUGGGGCAAUGGAACGUGAACACCAGGGUCUUGUUAGCUCAACAUGCUAGUAAUUGCUCAUUACGACAUAGUUUCCGAUCUUUCUUAAAACAAAGUGAACACUUUGGGGCGAUGGAACGUGAACUCUAGGGUCUUGUUAGCGCAGCAUGCUAGUAAUUGUUCACUGCGACAUAGUUCCCGAUCUUUCUUAAGAAAAAGUGAACACUUUGUGGCGAUGGAAUGUGAACAUCAGGGUCUUGUUAGCGCAGCAUGCUAGUAAUUGUUCGCUGCGACAUAGUUCCCGAUCUUUCAAUUGUUCAUUGCGACAUAGUUCCCGAUCUUUCUUAAAACAAAGUGAACAUUUCGUGGCGAUGGAAUGUGAACACCAGAGUCUUGUUAGCGCAGCAAGCUAGUAAUUGUUUUCUCCGACAUAGUUCCCCAUCUUUCAUAAAACAAAGUGAACACUUUGGGGCGAUGGUAGGUGAACACCAGGGUCUUGUUAGCUCAGCAUGCUAGUAAUUGUUCACUGCGACAUAGUUCCCGAUCUUUCUUAAAACAAAGUGAACACUUCACGGCGAUGGAAUGUGAACAUCAGGUUCUUGUUAGCGCAGCAUGCUAGUAAUUGUUUGCUGCGACAUAGUUCCUGAUCAUUCGAUUGUUCAUUGCGACAUAGUUCCCGAUCUUUCUUAAAACAAAAGUGAACACUUCGGGGCAAUGGAACGUGAACACCAGGGUCUUGUUAGCGCAGCAAGCUAGUAAUUGUUUGCUGCGACAUAGUUCCCUAUCUUUCAUAAAACGAAGUGAACACUUUGGGGCGAAAAGUGAACACUUUGGGGCGAUGGAAGGUGAACACCAGGGUCUUGUUAGCUCAGCAUGCUAGUAAUUGUUCACUGCGACAUAGUUCCCGAUCAUUCAAUUGUUCAUUGCGACAUAGUUCCCGAUCUUUCUUAAAACAAAAGUGAACACUUCGGGGUAAUGGAACGUGAACACCAGGGUCUUGUUAGCUCAGCAUGCUAGUAAUUGUUCGCUGCGACAUAGUUCCUGAUCUUUCAAUUGUUCAUUGUGACAUAGUUCCCGAUCUUUCAUAAAACAAAGUGAACACUUCGUGGCGAUGGAAUGUGAACACCAGGGUCUUGUUAGCGCAGCAUGCUAGUAAUUGUUCACUGCGACAUACUGUAGUUCUCGAUCUUUCUUAAAACAAAGUGAACACUUCGUGGCUAAAGGUACAUUUCAUGACCUUUUUAAACAUACGUCGGUCAUUAACGUCAUCCAUGCCCUCCGAAGGCAAAACAUUGACAAUUUGACGCAGGAAAAAGACGGGAAAUUGCAAGUUGUUACAGGCUGGAAACUGUUAGCACACAUUUGUUCCAACGUCAUUUCCGAUCUUUCUUGAAAAUAGCGUGAACAAUUUCUUGGCCUCAUUUAAAUUUCCGGAACUAAACGUUUACAAAUAAGAAGAUGGUUAGCGUCCGACAUGUUUUAUUGAAAUACCGAUUCCGAUACUUCUUUAGAAGGCGAAAAAUAGGAAGGUGCGUGUUAGCAUAGCAUGUUAGCACUCGUUUGUUCCAUCUUUGUGUCCGAUCUUUCUUAAAUAAAAUAAAAACUCUGUGGUUACAUUAAAAUGUUGGUCGGUUAGUGUGGUCCAUGUUGUAUCGAAGCAGUAGCGCUACACUCUGUACUCACUCUUGUCUUCCAAGUGUGUUUUUUACAUCUUUUUGUUGUUGUUGUUAGUAAGCAGGGAGCUACGCCGUCACCAAAAAAAAUCACAAACAAUAGCGAAUUCUUUUUUUUUUUGUGUGUCUGUUGUUAUUUUUAUUUCCAAACCGCUAAGUCGCCGCGCUUUUGCUUGUGCCAGGUGGUGGUGUGUAGUCGUGCUGUUGUCCCAGGUGUAGUGACGUAAACUCCAAACGACGGGGGAAAUGACAAAGUCGUAAAAACCGCGCUAGCUCUCUUCUCGCUGGACAGUUCUUCUAUAUGGCGUGUUGUUGUUUGCUUUGCGAUGUUGUAGAAAAGACAAAAAAAGAAAGAAAAUACCUGCACUACGUCUCGACUGUGGAAGACAAAAACGCCCUGUGAUUUUUUUGUUUUGUUUUUGUUUUUGAAAAAAAAUGUCAUCUCGGAAUGAUCUUGGCCUCUGUUUUCAAAAAAACUGGAAUGUUGUACAUUUAGUGCCUUUUACAUUUCAUCAGCUAACUUAAACAUCCUGCUUUAAAGAUAGAAAAGAUAAGAUUCAUUUAUUUUCCCUUUAUUGUAUUGUAUUUUUUUAUUCACAUAAUAUGCGUUCUGUAUCCACUUGUUCAAAUUUUAUAUAAAACUAUUUCUGGCCAUAUUUUGUCUGUUGUUUUU